AACUUGCUUCUGAACCAAAUUUUUUGGCAGCUGAUCAAUUCUGUGUAGUCUUUGGAAUGAAUGUGGGAUGGGGGGAUUAUCAUUGUGAAUAUCAGUAUCCAUUUAUCUGUUCCUCAGGAACACAGUUUGUUUAUAUUAGUCAAAGUCUGAGUUGGACCGCUGCUCAGAGCUACUGCAGGUCCAACUACGUAGACCUGGCCACCGUGAAGAACCCCAGUGACGACCAGAAGAUCCAGAAUGUUAUGCCAUCUGACAGCUCAGCUUGGAUUGGUUUAUUCAGAAAUCCAAACUUCAACUGGUCUGAUGGGAGCAGCUUCUCAUUCACCUACUGGUAUGGUGGUUCCAAUCCACUUGGCUCAUCGAAGAUCAUAUGUGGUGUUGCAUAUUUGAAGAAUUCAGGAAAAUGGAGGUUUGUACCCUGUGACAAUAGAAGGCGAUUUGUCUGCCAUUACACCCCCUCUGUUGUGAAGAAGCAGACAGUGAAGCUGAGGAUGAAGGUGGAGGACUCCUAUGUGAACCUGAAUGAUCCUGUUAUCAAAGCAGACAUCUUGAAAAAGUUCCAUGACAAACUAAACAUGGCCAGAGUCAGUGGAGUGACCCUCAAGUGGCAAGAACAAUCUUCCAGUAACAUAUUCCACAAGGAGACAUAA